CUCCUGCAGCACUCGAUUGGACGGCGGGCCGGUAUUCACUUUUCCAAUUGGCCAACCGCUUCCCCUGAGCGAACCUUUAGAACUCCGAGACACAAUAUUCUGUUACAUUGUAGCAAAAUGGCGACUGUCAUUCACAACCCCCUGAAAGCACUUGGGGACCAGUUCUACAAAGAAGCCAUAGAACACUGUCGCAGCUACAAUUCCCGGCUGUGUGCUGAACGCAGCGUCCGUCUUCCUUUCCUUGACUCGCAGACCGGUGUAGCUCAGAAUAACUGUUACAUUUGGAUGGAAAAGAGGCAUCGGGGACCAGGGUUAGCACCAGGUCAGCUCUACACAUAUCCUGCUCGAUGCUGGCGCAAAAAGAGACAUUUGCAUCCUCCUGAAGACUCCAAAUUGAAGUUGCUGGAGAUUAAGCCUGAUGUUGACCUGCCUCUGAAGAAGGAUGGCUUCACAUCAGAGGGAACCACACUGGAAGCACUGUUGCGUGGAGAAGGGCUUGAAAAGAAGGUAGAUACUAAAGAGGAAGACACUCUACAAGAAAUCCAGAGGGUUUUGGAAAAUGAUGAAAAUGCAGAUGAAGUGAAUGAGGAGGAAGAGAUGGAAGAAGAUAUUCCAAAGCGAAAGAACAGGCCCAGAGGACGGGCUCGGGGCUCUGGAGGUGGAAGGCGAAGGAAUGAUGUUUCUUCUAUGGAUGACCAUGAUAAACCUUAUGUUUGUGACAUCUGUGGAAAGCGCUACAAGAACAGACCCGGACUGAGCUACCAUUAUGCUCACACUCACCUUGCCAGUGAGGAGGGGGAUGAAGCUCAGGAACAGGAGACACGCUCCCCACCUGUCCACAGAAAUGAAAACCACAAACCCCAGAAAGGACCAGAUGGGGCCAUAAUUUCCAAUAACUACUGUGACUUCUGCCUUGGGGGAUCUAAUCUGAAUAAAAAAAGUGGACGACCAGAGGAACUUGUUUCAUGUUCGGACUGUGGGCGAUCUGGUCAUCCAACCUGCUUGCAAUUCACAGCAAAUAUGACUGAGGCCGUCAAAACCUAUCAGUGGCAAUGUAUUGAAUGCAAAUCCUGCAGCCUCUGUGGGACCUCUGAGAAUGAUGACCAGCUACUCUUUUGUGAUGACUGUGACCGCGGCUAUCACAUGUAUUGCUUAAACCCACCAGUGUCUGAACCUCCUGAAGGGAGUUGGAGUUGUCAUUUGUGCCGAGAACUGCUCCGAGAGAGAGCAUCAGCUUUCUGCUUCCAGCCCUAAAGGAGUCUCCGUGGACCAGGGUGGGGCUUGUUCCUGGACUUGUGGCACCAGCACACAACUAUCUUGCAUCGCCUGAAGAUAUGUGUCAGCACAAACACACCUGUACACACAUGAAAGAGAAAAGACAUUCAAAGAGAUUUACGUGGUAUUUGCUGUCCAAGUGUAGAUUCCACAAAUAUUGUACCUCCUGGGUUCUACUAGAAGGAGCACACUUUAAAAAAAAAUGUUCCAGAUGGAUUUUCCUCCCUACUGCAGUGCAUGAUAGCAGAUAUACAGUAAUAGAUUCACAUGUUAUAAUAGCAAAGAGGGGAACUGUUGUAACUGUUGGUAUUUAGACAUUUUAAAUAUGUCAUUGUGCUUUUUGUUUGAUCUGUUGUUCUUCUUUCCCCAACCCCUGCACCGCAAGUGAAAUAACAAUGUUAUCUCCACAACCAUCUUGUACUGAAGAUAUUGAAAAGUAUCACUCGCUACAGGUUUCUUAUGGGAACGUCUUCCUUACAAGCACUUUUUUUAGAUGUAAAGGGACUCUAUAGGAUGCAGUACCUCAAUUAUUUCCAAGUCAUUAACAACAAAGCCCAAACUACAUGUUGUAGGACGUGUAUAGGUGCUCCCAACCCAAGUCUUCUUCCCAUUUUCACUGGUAAUGCAUAGGUCAGAGAUGGGGAACCUGUAGCCUUCCAACUGUUGCAGGACUGCAACUUCUCAGCAUCAUCCCUGACUACUGACCAUGCUGGCUGGGUCUGAUGGAAGCUGGAUGUCAACAGCAGCAGGAGAGCCCUAGGUUCCACAUCCCAGUGGUGGUUGAAAAAUCUGACAUGAUGUUGCAUUCGUGUUCACCCUACUUAAUUGUCUACUUUAAAACUCAUAUGUAUUUUCAAUUACACAUUACCAGAGGGGAGAGAAUGCACUUAUGUUUCAAACAAGAUCUGACCCAAACUUGUAUGCAAUUCUGUAAGAUACGAGGAACAAAAGUGAAUAACAGGUGGUCAGCAUCCUUUCUCUGACUUAUCUCCCUGCAGUCUCUCUCUCAGGUGCUUUUAGCUUCUGAUACUGGAGAUGCCAAGCACCUUCAGGGAGAUGCUGUGAAGAGGUAAGCAGAGGGCAUGGAGAGGAUUCAGCUCCUCUCACCUGUAUGCUUCUUUUGCUCUAAAAUACGCCUUCAACCUCUUACUUUAUAUGGGAUUGAAGCAGACCUGAGUGGGUGGGAAACCUCAGUCCCAGGGGCUGAUUGUGGCCCUCUUGGCCUCUCUCUCUGGCCCUCACAACUCUCCCGAAGUCAUGCACCCUUCCCAGCCCACACCUUUCACUGGCCCUGCUCCAGGCCCUUGAGUGGUUUUGCCUGGCUGGAAUGUGUCCUUCAUCUGUGAUGGUGCCCCUUGCUUGCAUGAUGAAAAACAGAAUGGUGUGUGUAUCGAAACCUCUGACUUUUGCAUGGCUGGACUGUAACCUACUGUACAAAGGCAAAAGCUACCCCUCUUGCUCUUCCCACUUUUGCCUCUGAUUGUGCCUACUUUUGCCUCUGGCUUUGCCUGUCACUGAUGUGCAGCCCCCUACCAACAAGGAAAUCCUGUCCUCAGUCUGAAAAAGGUUCCCUGCCCCUAGUUUAAACAAAUGUAUCUACCAACAUCACAUUUAAGUUAGGCCUAAAUAUGUUGUUUCUUUAUGCCCGUGACUUAAAACGGGAGCCACAGAGGUUCUUAGGAUAGGGCACCCAACAUCACAUGGCUAUGUUACAUAUCAUGGGCAUAAUCUAUAGGAAGCUCUUUUAUACACAAUCAAACCAUUGGAUUCAGCUCUCUCCGUUUUAUCUACAAUAACUGGCAGUGGUUCUCCAGGGUUUCAGACAGGAGUC